UUUUGAUCAUCCAAUAUUCGCCCAAAAUGCAAGGAUUCUUAACCGGCUACCAAACUAACAAGGACAAAAUAGCCCUAGCUGAGUCAAGUGGCGAUCCGUCUUCGUCUAAGGCCCUUUUUUUGAAGAGUUCAAACCAGUCUUCAACUGCAACUGAGAAACCAUGGGUGGAGAAGUACAGACCAAAGACCAUUGAUGACAUCGCCCAUCAGGAAGAAGCGGUCAAGGUUUUGAAAAACCUGAUUCAAAAUCCGGCUGGUUUCCCGAAUCUUCUAUUCUACGGCAAACCAGGAACUGGCAAAACAUCGGCAAUUCUGGCAGUGGCAAGACAAAUGUUUGGAAGCUUGUAUAAAGAGAGAGUUUUGGAACUGAACGCUUCGGACGAACGAGGAAUUCAAGUUGUUCGAGAAAAGGUCAAAACUUUCUCGCAACUGGCCUGCUCUUCUACGUUGAGAAAUGAUGGAAAAUUCGCACCGGCUUUCAAACUUGUGAUUUUAGACGAAGCCGAUUCAAUGACAACUGCGGCGCAAAGUGCGUUAAGACGAACGAUGGAAAAACAGUGCAAAAAUACACGAUUUUGUUUGAUUUGUAAUUACGUCAGCAGGAUAAUUGACCCCAUAACUUCACGUUGUAUGAAGUUCAGAUUCGAAAGUUUACCCGAAGGUGUUAUGACUAGACGAUUGGAGCAAAUAGCCGAAAGCGAGAAGCAUAUAAAAGUCGCGGGCCCUGAAGUUUACAAAGAGUUAAUUCGGGUAAUUGAAGGAGAUAUGCGAAAGUCGAUCACGUUGUUGCAAAGUGCUUCACGUUUUGCGGAUGAAAUUACUGUUGAAACUAUUUCCGAAUUGGCAGGAGUGGUUCCAGAUGACGUAAUCGAGACUUUUAUAUCUGCCACGAAACAGUCCAAGAUUACGCAAUUGCAAACGAUUGUGAAUGAUGUAAUUCUCGAUGGAUAUCCAGCCAAUCAGGUGUUAGGGCAAGUGGCGAGAAAGAUUCUGUCGGAUCCGUUUUAUACCGAUAUUGAAAAAGCGAAGAUUUUCGAUCGUAUUGGCGUGGUUGACCAUCGAUUGAACCAAGGAGCGAAUGAGUAUCUGCAAUUGUUGGAUUUGGCUACGACUUUAUUGCAAGUUAGCCAUCAAGCAAACUGAAAGACUCAAACCUAAAAACUAACUUGAACUCUAAUUGAAGUCAUGUCACUUUCUUGUGAAGGCGGCGUGAAAUUUUUGUAAUUGAAUCAUUUAACUAUGCUGAUUCUUUUGAAUGUGUUUGAAUACUGUUUGUGUUUGAAUUAUGAAU